CAGGCUGGGAAGAGCUGGGCAGUGCGUGGGAUUCUACUCGGGAAGUAGCCCUGUGUCCGUCCACCAUGUCGCCUAAGAAAGCCAAGAAGAGGGCAGAGGGGGCCAACUCCAACGUGUUCUCCAUGUUUGAACAGACGCAGAUCCAGGAGUUUAAGGAGGCCUUCACCAUCAUGGACCAGAACAGGGACGGCUUCAUUGACAAGAACGAUCUGAGGGACACUUUUGCCGCCCUUGGGCGUGUGAACGUGAAGAACGAGGAAAUCGAUGAAAUGAUCAAGGAGGCCCCGGGGCCCAUUAACUUCACCGUGUUCCUGACAAUGUUUGGGGAGAAACUCAAGGGGGCGGACCCCGAGGAGACCAUCCUCAACGCAUUCAAGGUGUUCGACCCGGAAGGCAAAGGGGUGCUGAAGGCCGACUACGUGCGGGAGAUGCUGACCACACAGGCAGAGAGGUUCUCCAAGGAGGAGAUCGACCAGAUGUUCACGGCCUUCCCCCCUGACGUGACGGGCAACCUGGACUACAAGAACCUGGUGCACAUCAUCACCCACGGGGAGGAGAAGGACUGAAGCGGGCCAGCCACCUGGGCUUCCGGUCUCCUUCCCAGUCAGCCUCUACCCUGCCUGGCCUCCACCCUGCCCCGCCUCUGUCUCCAUCUGGAUACUUACAGAUGACCACGUGGCCACACAGCCUGCAGCUGGAAAUCCAUCCCGAGGCCAAGUUCAAAUAAACAGGAGCUUGUGUGCUGGUCA